AUGCUGAAGGAGCAGGGCGAGGAGCUGGCGACCGUGAACGCUCGGUUGAGUGCAAAAGAGGAUGCUCUGUUAGACGUGCAGGGCCAGUAUACUUUGCUCUCUCGGACUCUGUAUGGGGCGAUGUUGUCUUCCUCGGUGAAGGAGGCUUCUCUUCGUCGAUCUCAGGCUCCUGCUGAGGAUGAGACGGAGGAGGAGAGAGCUCUUUUGACCCGGGCAGAUUUGAUCCAGUACAUCAGAGUCUUGGGGGGCGAUUGUGUCGCUGCUGCCGAGGACACCUACAAUUCUACUGUGGCCCAUCUUAAGUUGAAGAAUCCUGGGGUGGAAUUGGUGACCGAGGGGACCGGGCCAUAUCACCGUGUGGAGGGGGUUCAGAUCGUCUCUCCGAACUUUGGGGAAGAGCCAGUGACUCAGGAGGCCGAGGACAUCCAGAUGGCAGAAGGAAUGAGUGGCGCUAAGGGAGGAAAAGUUUCUUCAACCUCACAUUCCCGCGGAUUGAAGGAGGUGAAGGAGAAGAAGGUUUCAAUCGGAUCUGCUUCUCGUCGUCGGGGGGCACGGGGUUUGGACGCGCAGGCUUAG